CUAAUCUUACUUUCGAUUUCCGUAAACUUUCACGAACAUACUUGUAGGCUAUUGAUUGUCUGAAUUCUUAGCUCUGUUUAGGUAUCUUACUUUAGAUUUCCGUAAACUUUCACGAACAUACUUGUAGGCUAUUGAUUGUCUGAAUUCUUAGCUCUGUUUAGGUAUAAACUUGCCCAAUUUAAAUUCACCAUACUAAGGAUUUAAGCAUAUUUGAAGAUGAUUAAAUUAUUUGUUUGUGUCAUAAUCACCUCAUUGUUUUAUAUAUUCCGUCGUAGUUAUACGUUAUGUGUUUCAUUUUCCAAUAUAUUGUUGGACAACUCGGUAUAAUUACCUUGUUCGGAGAUUAGAUGCAUCCAGCGAAGUUCGGACACAAAGAGGUGUUAGAAAUGAUUUUGGCAAGUCCAAUGCCAUAUACAAAGGCCUUAGAAUUCGAUGUGCAUGAUGUGGUCCAAAACUACGGAGAAAAGAAAAAAGUUGCAAACGGCAUCACGGCGAUGGUCAGUUUCAAUCCGAUAGACGCCAAAUAUAUAAAGGGAGAAGACAUACAAGAUAUCAAAGACAUAGUUAACAGUUUCCUUGAAGAUAUACCAUCAUAUGACGUCUAUUCGUCUCGUUCUGAAGAACAACUUAUGUCUAAGGAAGUUUUCUGGCGGCUUAUGUUAAGUAAACAAUAUAUGGAGAUAAAAGACCAUGAGGGCAUUAUAGUAAUAUUCACAGAAGAGAAAGGGUUCGAAGGACAAUCAGUUGAAGGCUCACAGGUCAUACAUUUUCAUUUAGCGGAGCAAGCAGCAAUCACAUAUUUAAAGAGACGACUGUUAGAUAUCCACCAGUUCUUCGUGGGAACAAAGACAUGGAUUGUAUUGAUUAAUGACCAGUUACUACAUCUAGGCGAUAACGGCACUGCGGACAAUUACAAUCUUGAUGACUUGCUCUCCGUGAAAAUAUUCAAAAGUGAUGAUGACAAUCAUUCAACAUUGGGCAUGAUGUUUCUGGUUGGAAAAGGCAGGGAAAAACAAAUAAAAAAAGGUUGUAUCAGAACACACUCGGAUAUCCUUAUAUCAAUCGAAACUGCGACGAAGAUGUUUUGUAAGGUUCCUCUAGAACGGCAAAUGUGUGAUAACACAGCAAGUCCGUUUGACGGUCGUAUAUGGUUACUAGAUCAACAACAAUAUCAAUUAAUUGUAAAUUAUUUUCCAUCGGCCAUGGAUACCAGAGAAGGGAUCCAGGAUGUUACGUUCUUCGAGCUUAGCAACAAGUCCGUACCAGGAUUUAGACGAAAGCUGUUUAUAAAACGAUGUAAAGUUGCAGAUGACGAAGACUGUACAAUGGAAGGUUGCUUAGUGAAUUGUUUGACUCUCUUUGCGGCCGCUUUAAACGUCAACAUAAGAGAACUGUUAGACGAAGGACUAUUGAACUGGCAGGAAAGAGUACGUGUGCUAUAUCAUGUCGCCUCAGCCAUCGCAUUCCUUCACAGACGAAGGAUCUUGCACCUAGAUGUCACGUCCAUGAAUAUCGUUGUGGAUGAAAGUUUAAAUGUACGGAUGACAGACUUUGGAUCUGCCAAAGUUUUAGCAGCAGGCGAAAAACAAAUAAAAUGUGCGGAUGAGAAGCUUGCUCGCCUUGGAAGAACUGAAGGUUAUAUGCCCGCUAAAGUGAACUUACUUUUGGACAAGACGGUAGACUAUUUCAACUUCGGAGUAGUGAUACGUGAAUGCCUAACAGGUGAACUUCCUACUCGUCAGUGCAAUUGCAACAGGAAGUACUUUCUCAGACAGGGAGCACUUUGCUGGGAUUUCAACAAACAGCAUCACGCGUACCUUUCGGCAUCUGAUCUGCUGUAAAAUCUUCGUAAAAAUUAAAACUUGAAACCAAUGCACCAAUGUGCUUAAAAAGAUAUUUACAAAUAUAUUUAAGAUAACUGAUCAGUAUUGUAGCCGUCUGGGAUUUCCUUUUGGUAUUAUAAAAUAGAGUAUUUAGUUAAUUAAACUGACUACCUUGGGAAGAAAGAACUGAUGAGGCAAAUGAAAGGAAGAAGUCAAAGUACCAAGAACUGGCAGGUAUGUGCAGAGAGAGAUGGUUCACCAUCUGGAUCUUCCCUGUAGAAGUAGGAUGUAGGGGAUUCCCUGCACAAUCCGUGUGGAAAGCGCUAAGAAAUUUGGGCACCAAAGGCAGGACUAGGACAAGCUCUGAACGGACCCUUGGUAAGGAAGCAGAGAGGGCGUCCAGUUGGCUCUUGCUACGACGAUAUGAAACAACAUGGAAGCCAUCACAGACGAGCAGUGCUUGAUCAACACUGCUACCCCGCCAUCAAGAGGGUGUUCUGAAAUAAGGAGUGAAACACCUGAUAACUGAUGGGAACUCGGCUGAAGACGUCUGUGUUAAGCAAUAACCACUGUAUCACUCAACGAGAUAAAUAUAUGUUGUACAUCACAAACACAGGAAAGCGUUACGAAUCCUGAUUUUCGUGUGGCAUAUAGGGGCGAGUUUGGAAUGUAACUACUCACUCCGAAGAAGCCAACGAGAAAGCAGGGUAUGCAACGAUAUCGAAGAAAUGCAUGGAAAGUAUCCUAUGCCCCGGACAAACGAGUGAAGACUUUUACAAGUAUUCCGUUAUUGAACUAUACCACCUGUUAACGAACUGCAACCUUCAUGACAUCGCUAACAUUUGCUACGAGCACCGUUAUGAUGGGACGUUCUUCGCAAACGUAGAUGUUCAGGAGCUCCUUCAAGAUCAACCGUUCAGUGCCUCUAACAUUCAGAUACUGAAGUUUAAAAAGCUCCGGGAUGGAUGGCGUCCUAGUACUUACACUUAGGGCGCGUCGUAAAGUUACGCUAUCCAUUACAUUAAUAUACGCCUUAAACGACAAUAGUGCAUAACUGAAAUAAAUGGAUAAAUAUUUAAAUAAUAUGAAUCAUUAUGUUUGAUUUACACUAUACAUAUAAUGCAGUUCAAUUAGAACUCAAAAUCUACAAUAAUGACUAAGUACAUAUUAUUGCAUCCUUUCGUAUUCUUACUUGUCUUUUUAUUGAAAUAUAUGCUGUUUAGGACGAUUUGCAGUCCAAUUUGCACGAGGCUGGCCUUAUAAGUAAGCAAUUGUUGUUGUUAUAAUUACUGAAAUAAUGCGUUGAAUAAGUUUCCUUAUAUGCUGUAUAUUUGCAAACAUUACACCGUCUUCAAAUAUUGAAACUAAUGUUCUAUUUCUGAAUAUAUUUAAUGAUAAUCAUUGUUUACAACUGACAUUGAAGAUAAAUAUACUCAGCAGUGUGAUGAGAUAUGCUAUUUAAAAAAGACAAAAUUAAUUAAGUGUUUGCCGUCACGAUUAACAUUUAUCGGUAUAUCCGCGCAUGCACGGGAAAUGAAUUUAAGGAACAGCAAUUUUGAAUAAUAAAAAAUUACAUGCCUUGGUUUCUUGGCACAAAAUACGA